AUGACAUCACUUCCUGAAGCAGAUAUCAAACAAAUUAUUGAAAAGGCAGGCCAAUUAGGAUGCUGCCUUCGUUGUGCUUUAUGUUAUUUGGAUUUAUUUAAAAUGAAUAUUGCAAUGUAUUCAAAAACAGAAGCUGAAUUAGUGGAGGCCUUGCUCGGAAAUGUCAAAAUGGACUGCUCCGAUGAUCAUCACCGAACAUCAGAUACAGUACAUGCAACUUCGAGUGAUGAGUGCAAAUACAAAGAUGAAGCGUCAGUAAAAUUGUUAACAGGCCGCUGUAAAAUUUGUUUCGGAGCCUUUCAAGAUGAAUACUUGCAUCAACGAUUACCAUUACAAAUGGAAAAAGUUUACAACGAAUAUGACACUCAAUUUUUGAACGAAUUCCAUGUCUCUCUUUCAUAUUCACCUCAUUUUCAAAUGAGAGAACAUUGUUUUAAAUUUUUACUCUCCAGACAAGUGACUUCACAAAAAGUGCAACAAUUACUACAAUCUCAACCUCCUUUGGAUAGAAAAAGACUGCUAAAAACUACAGUUUCAGACAUUUUUGAAAAGAUGAUGCGGAGAAAAAUUGGUAACGACUCAUUGAGAGCAAAUCCACAAUCUGCUCCUCUUUUAAUUGAGAUUAAAUUGAAUGAUGAGUAUUUAUUGAAAGUAAAUUCUGAAAAGGAGCAAAUUGAAGAUGAUAAGAUGUCUCCCAUGAAAAAAAAGAGAAAAAAGAAUAAGAAUGAUCGUGCCAAUAACGUAAAUUUGCAAAUGGUGCUAAAGAUGAAUACUUUGGACCAAUUGGAAAAUGUCAUUCAAACUGAAAUUCCAGACUGCUGGCGGUCAGAUUUAUCGGACUUGAAUUCUGCAGCAUCCAUUGGAUGUGAUAAGGAAUUUCUCUCAGUGACCGGCCUUCAUUCUGUAAUCUACAUAUCAGGAUAUUAUAGAAAGUUGGAACGCGGGCUACCCCAAUCACCGUGGGUUAUGAGAGGUUCUAAGGAAGAUGAACAAAAUACCAGAAGCGUGGAUACGUACAUUGGAGAGCCCGUCAUGAAGUAUACUCUUGCAGAUUCUUAUAAAUUUGAUUCCUCAGGAAGAGAAGAUAAGAAUGUUAGAAUGUUAGGAAAUGGCAGACCAUUUGUUUUCGCUGUUCACAAUCCAAGAAGAUGCCACUUCUCCACGGAACAAGUUCAAGAAAUUGAGAACACAAUCAAUACAAAAGCGAAUGGAUCCAUUCAAGUCCAUACGAUUCAAAUUCACUUUGACAAUACAGUUUGUCAAAAGAUGAAAGCAGGUGCUGAAGAGAAGAAGAAAAAUUAUAGAUGUGUGGUUUGGUGCGAAGCAGACAUGAUGAAAGAAGACAGUAUUUCACCCUCCAACCAAGACUUUGCUGAACCUUUACAGCAACGAAUGACAUCAUUCCUAGAAAGUAUUAAGGACUUGGAAAUUGGUCAAAAAACUCCUCUCAGAGUACUGCAUCGUAGAGCAUUACACAUCCGUAAGAAGAUCAUUCACUCCAUCAAGUGUGUGGAAUUCCUAAAUGCUCACACUCUAGUUCUCGAUCUAUCCACCAGUGCAGGAACCUAUGUCAAAGAAUUUAUUAAUGGCGAUUUUGGAAGAACAGAACCAUCGUUUGGAACUCUGUUAAGCCAAUUCUUUGCAAAACCAACACCUUUCAAUGCUCAAAUACUUCAACUCGAUGUUAUGGAUAUCGAAAUGGCUUUGUAA